GAUCCAGAAAAAUGUUUGAGUGCUAUGAUGGUGAUGGUUUUUUUUCUCUAGUUGAAAGUAGGGUAUCACCAGUUUUUGGAAGUUAUGUGGAUUUAUGAUGACGAGAAAAUAGUUAGAACUAAAUUCACAAUCAGGGUGUGGCAUGCUAGCAGCAUCAGGUGAUGGCCGAUCUAGCCGGCGUUCGCACUGCGACCUGUGAUUGGCUCAACUCUCCCCACCCUUCCUGCACACCCUCUCCACCAUCCCGGCAUCCUCUUGCUCCUCCUCCCACUCUCAACUCUCCCUCCCACCUCCACCAUCACCAGCUCUCCUCCUCCACACCCUCUCCACCCUCUUCCUCCUCAUCGGCCUCGCAGCGACAGUCGCGCGAUGGAAAGCCGCCCUACAGUUAUGCAAGUUUGAUACGUCUGGCCAUUAGUAACUCAGUGCAGGGAAAAAUGACGCUAUCCGAAAUUUACCAAUUCAUCAUACAAACGUUCCCUUACUACAGAGACGCCAGCACUGGCUGGAAGAACUCGAUCCGGCACAACCUGUCACUGAACAAGUGCUUCACAAAAGUGGCCCGACCCAAGGACGACCCGGGUAAGGGUAGCUACUGGGCCAUAGACCACACUCACAGCCAAGAUGGCGGCGGACAACAAGAUGGCGGCGUCCCACGCAAAAAGGUCAAGCUGCCCAGGGUAUCUCCUUACAGCCCAGAAUGCAACAGUAACAGCAGUGAUGGUAGAUUAACAUUGAAGAUGGCCAGAAGCAGUACAACUCCAACCCCUAGUGAAAACUGUCACAGUUUGGAUGAGUUCAGCCUGGGAGACAGCAAAGAGGUGUCAGCUGUCAUUUCCAAACUACUCUCCCACUAUGGUGUUGACCCUAGUGACAGUCAGAGUGACUACCAGCCUUGCCAAACCGACUUCCAGGAGAAGAGUGACUACCAGGGCUGUCAGACUGACUACCAGGCUAACAGAACUGGUGCAUCAUCGUCUUCAUCCGACUACUUUCAUCCCACACCUGACACCAAUUUGGAACCUUCCCAAAACUACUACCAGGAGUUUCCACAGUUGGUCGACAACAACAGUGUUGCCAACACUCUGCCAACUUACAGUGAAAACUCAAGGUAUGCUGCAGAUGUGCCCAAUAUGGCAGAUGAAAGUCUGAGGUAUGGAGUGGGAGAGAGUGCUUCAAGGUAUGGAACUAGUAGUAAUAGGAGUAUAGAGGAAAAUAGUUUCAAGUACAACAAUUUCAGCCCAUACAAAGCCUCGAAUAAUUUUGAAUCAGGUAGUUCUAGUAGUUGUUAUUACAAUAAUCAUCAACAAAACCAAAACUCCGAUUACUAUUACAGUGGGUUGAAAUCAACUUCCUACGAGUAUAUAAGGGUGAAUGAGGAGGAUAGAUGUGGCAGUGCAGGGGGACAUUAUGUGGGAAACAAUAACAAACCAGUGUUGCCAGAGGGAAAUGUGGCAACGUUUGAGACUGGCGCCCAACGUGGGACCACAGCGCCUUCCUAUUGGUCGUCGCCAGCCACCGACCAAUCAUGUCGCUCGCCCUACUGUGCAUCCGGCUCCCCAUUGGCCCACGGCUCGGCCAAUGGCGAGGCGUCUCUGUCCCCCCACUACAACCAGAUGGCGCCUGAUUUGAAUGGUGCAAUGAUGGCGUCUUCCUUUGAUUUCGGCGCCAAUUCAAAAUGGGACACUUUGUUAUAGCAACGUUUGUUUGUUUAGUAAACAAAACUGCCGUGUAAAGUAAAUCAAUUUGUAGGUUAGUAUAAUUAAUGUGAGAGAUUGAUUGAUUCAUACAUUGCAAGGGAGAGUAAAAUGGGUGAAUAAUCUUGAUAUUCAUGCAAAUAGAUUUUUGUCUUGUUCUAACUACCUCGAUUUAAUUAAAUUAUAAUUAAUAAUUAUUAAUAUAUAACUAUAAUUAUUAUUGCAAUGUAUAUUUGAAAUGAACGAAAUGGUGUAAAAUAAAUAUAGUUAUAUUUAUUCAUUAGUCGAGAUUCACAUAGGCAUUAAUUUGAAAUUAAUAACUAUAAAUAUAGAUAUAAAGUGAUUAUUGUUUUUGAAAAAAUACAUAUAUUAUUUAUAUUGUUGUUUAAUUCGUUAGGCUAUCAAUUUUUAUCUAAGUAUAGGUUUCAAGUUAUGAUAUUGAAUUAUUGUUUAAUGUGUAAUGGGAUCAACUUUGAACUGUAAACAUUGUUUGAAUAUGUGAAGCAUUAAUAAUAUAUUUAUAUAUAUAUAUAUAUUGAUAGAUACAAUAUAAUUCUCAACUAUGAAUGAUUGGGGAGAGGAACAACUGGCUUAAAGCCCAAAAACUGUUCCUAAACCAAAUUUAGAUAGAAAUUGUCCAAAAAUAGGUUAUGUUUAUCACUUCAAAAGUUUUGUCCUAUUUUGAGUCCAAAAUAUUUACAAACCAUUAAUACAGUUCAAAGUUAAUCUCACUGUAAGAUAUAGUUUAGGUUGUAUAAUAAACAUUAUGUUUUCAGGAAAAAUAUUGGGCAUUAUCCUUAUGAUACUAUAAACUAAUUUUGCAAUAGUGGUGACAAACAGUAUGACUGUUUCCUGGUAGAAAUUAUAAGAAGAUAUCCCAUGGUGUAGGUAGGUCGUUUCUGUUCCAAAUUACAAGCCGAUUCUUUGUUAACUUGAGCUGAUUACUGUCGACUACUGUCUUUUAUUAAUGUGUUGUUGGGAGUGUAAGAAGGGCACAGUUUGAGAGACUACCAGCCUCACAUAGCUUCACCAA